AUGGACGAUGUGGAGGAGAGAGUCCGAUACGAGGAAGAAGAAUUCACGACCAUCCAUCGGAAGAUGGUCCGCACUCACAGCACCACGCGCCGGAAGAAGGCAAAGGACGCCGCCGACGGAAAGGGAAACAAGAGCUCCCAACCGGAAACCAAGCUGAGUCCAUUCAUUAUUGGCGCCAAGGCGCGCGACACUCACUAUGCGGCCGGCACACCGCCGCUCUCCCGGAAGUCUGACCGUGUUCAGAAGCUCGUGCAAGAGACGCUUAACGAGUACAAGGGCAAAGAACUCCAACAGAAGUCGAAGAACCCGGUGUUUUUCGGGGCCCUAGACUCCGACGAAGAGGAGGAACAGGAAGUCACGCUAAAAACACGGCACACCAGGAAGUGGAGCUUUACAGCCGGAAAUAAGGGCGUUGCGCGGUUUCGGAAGCUGGUGGAGUUCGUCAUCCUUGCGCGGCACAUCUUCACAUGUCGGCGGUCAGUGAGCCUGAGCCGGCGGGACAGUAUCCUGUUUUUCUUGGACAGACAGACGGACGAACACGUGGACGGAGAGCAGCCCAAGUUUGACGUCAAUGCAUUCAAGUCGCUCGGACAGAAAACGAAGAUGGCGAGCGUUCGGUCGUGCCUGGAUAUACCUCCCCCGCAGCGGACAGACGCGCAAAUCAACCACAUGGUGCACACGAUGCGCGGGUUCAGCAAGUUUUCCAACUACCCACAGGCUGUACAGACGGGCCUCUGUAAACGGGGAUGGUACGCCAAAUUUGAGAGUACCCGGGUGAUCGUGAAGGAGGGAUGUAAAGCCGAGUUCUACUAUCUCAUACUCUCCGGUGUUGCGGUGUACCGGGAUAUUACCACCGAGGUUGACGAAACGAACACAGCCGAAAACAAGAUGGUCGCUUCGUAUCUGAAACCCGGGGACGCUCUAGGGGAACGCGAAAUCCUGACGGGCCAGGAGCGGCCGGCGACGGUGGUUUGCAAAGAGCCGGUGGAGGUGCUAGGACUAGAUCGGGACUCUUUAUUAGAAAUAUUUAACGCUGCAGGCGGACUGGGGUCUAUAGAAUUUCUCAGAGGUAUUCCCGAGUUGUCUGACUUUCCUCUGGAGCUGCUGAAGACCUACCACUUCUCCAUGGCCGUCCAUAACUACCGCCGGGGAGCCGUCGUCGUCAAGAAUACCAACGAUUCCGAAUGGGUCUACAUCGUCAGAUCUGGAUCAUGUCAGGUGUAUAAGGCGAUCAAGGACGCUAGGAAGGAGCGGCGACAGAUGCCAGACAGUCGCCCGGCUUCCGGUCUCCCCCGGAAGAAGGAGCGUGUAGGCAGCGGGCUCGUCCUGCCAAAUAUACACAAACUUAAACAGGAUGUUUUAAAGUGUGCCUCGUUGGCCGAUGUUGAUGAAAUUUCCUCGAAGAAAAGGGGCCAGCACCCUGGUUUGGAACGCUCCCACACUCUGACACUACCCUCUCUUUCCCCAGGAAAUGCUUGCUUGGUGCAUAAAAAGAAUUCUUUUAAGACCCCAAAUAUCGCAACCACCAAUAUAAGACGAGGGUCUAAGGAGUUAUCGCCCCGUCAGGUGAAGAAAUUAACAUCUGAAAACAUAAAACUAUCGAAGGGUCAUCGUGAAAAUACUCCAGACAUUUUAAGACUAUCACGAAAUGACUCUAUAAUGUGCGAAACGCCAGAGCCAGUUAAUCAUACUAAGAAAGUUCGGUCUCAAAGUCCUUCCUCUGAAUCAAUGAUUCACAUAAAACUGAAGAAAGAAAGUGUGUCUUCGGGAAACGAGUCAGUGUUUUCACAUCGGAAACAAUCGAAUGCAUCCGAUUCAGACAAUCAAAAGUCGCAUUCUGAUUGGUCAGGGAGUGAUUCUCCGCGAGAUACGAUUGGUUCUACUUUCUACGUACGCCUCGGAACUGUGAUGGAAAAGGGAGUUUUUGGACUACACCAGCUGAUUUAUGAAGACAUGCCAAAUUUAAGUCUGGUGAGCCACGGGGCAGAGUGUGUGUUGAUAUCCAAACAAUUCUUGAAGGACCAUCUUACGAAGGAUAUAGCCAACAGACUUCGAAUGAAGUUGUCUCCUUAUCCCAGCUCGGGCCAACUCCGUAACGCAGUUGAUGAUCAGCUAAACUGGGAAAAUUACAGAGAAAGGGUCAUUACCGAUGUCCUGAAAUAACAGCACGUUGUGAAAAUAGCAACCAUGAGUCAUAAUUGCAUUACUUAUGCUUUAAUAAAUGCAAAUUCGAUGAACUCGCAAGUCAACUGAAAACGUUUUAUAAUUUCAUACUGACAAGUUCAACGAAAUGGGAAACAUGGCGUACGUUUCGAUCUACUUAUAAUACCUUGUAAACGUUAACUCAGCAUCCAAUUCCAUUCCUUUCGGAAAACAACUUUGUUUUACGUUUUGAAUUUUGGUCCUGUAUA